GAUCAAUUGACCCACAACCUUUUCCCAAAAUGGCGUUUAUGCUUUCAACUAACGUGUCGUGAGUUUUCAGUGUUCCGUUAAUUGCAGUUUAUCCAGGAUAAAAAAGCCACUGACAAGUGAAUAACAGCGGAGUUCAUCGCCAUCGUUGGAUCGCUUGUGUUACAUUCAAUAAUAAAGGACGGUAAAAUUUAAUAAUUUGUAUCCGCGUGGAGUUGUAUGUCGACUUGGUAGGGUCCGACAUUUUACAAGGUAGGAGAGAGAGAGAGAGAGAGGUAGAGAGAGGUAGAGAGAUAUUGGGGUGAUACAUUACGCCAGGCAAUGUCGGAAAGUGAAGCUGUUGCAUCUCAACAGAAGCAUCAGCAUUUUAUUCAGCAGCAGAUCAACCAGAACCAGAUGGCCAACAUGACAUGGCAGUAUCCUCCGGGGAAUGUCCCUCUAUAUCAGACAUUUCCAAAUCAAAUGUAUGGUCAGGGGUACAACCAUCAAGGCCAAAUGUACUACUACAACCAAGGAAUGAUGCCAGGAUAUGGACAACCCUUUAAUCCCAUGCAGCUACCCCAGACAAUUCAAAAUAAUCAGGCUAAACAACCCCAACAACAACAACAACAGCAGCAGCAGCAGCCACAGCAGCCGACUGUUCCAGGUCAGCCAAUGGCCCUCGACGAUGACGCUGAUCUACCCCCACUACCACCAGGACCACCACCACCCACUCAACCACCUCCUCAGCAUAAUAACCAAUCGAAUCAAAAUCAAUUGCAAAAUCAUACCAUGUUCAUGUACAAUUCCUUUCCCUAUAACGGGUGGAAUGGCCCACAGAAUGACGUAAAUCAAUUUAGUAAUCCUCAAAUUCGUUUUAACCUUCCUAAUAAAAAAUCCGGGCUUGGUUUCAUUCCAUCAGGAAAUAGCGGUGCAGCGAAGAAGAAAAGAAAAAGAAAUAAAAACUUAGCCCAACAGCAGCAGCAGCAGCAACAACAACAACAACAGCAACAAUUCACCCCAACAUUUCAGGCAACUAAUCAACCCCAGACUUUCAAACCAACAAUCGAGAUUAAAUCCGAAUUGCCACCACUGCCGCCAGUGAAAGCCGAGACCCCAGUAGUCCCCACAGUUCCCACACUAACGAAAACAGCCCCCGAGGUCCCCAGCCAGGCAAAAAUCCCUCACGUCCCAGUGGCACAAUCUCCCCCAGUAAUUGCUAAAGAAUCAAUGGUAGGUAAUACGACAAAUCCAGUUGGUGAUUGGCCCGAUUGCCUCAAGAAUUACGUGAAUCGUUGCUACGAAAAGUGCAAAACAGCUGUUGACAAGGAUCAGGUUGAAAUAAUAUUGAAGGGUAAAAUAACACGUUCAGCGAAUGAUGGCUCACUGUGGAUUAAAAAUUGGGACAAGGAGCCAUUGCCAAGUAUUCACAGUGAACGAAUGACAAUGACUAUAAAACCACAGCAGAAUGUUAUUUUGAAACAGAGUACAAUUGUCAUGGGACAGGGAGGCAUGCGCAAAUCUGGCCUAUCAACGUCACUUGGGGCUAGAUUGGGCGCUCGUCUCUCUGCCAUUAAUCGUCGUGACAAGUCGAGGUCAAGAUCGAGAUCGAGAUCGCACAGUCCACCUGCGAGAAAGUAUCGCAGAAGCUCGUCCUCGUCGUCGAGUAGCGAGAGGGGGUACGAGUACAAGAGUAAGAGUAAGAAGUCGACGAGGAGUGGAAAGACCACGAGGGAUAGCAAAAAGAGUAAAAAGGGAAAACAGGGAAAAUCGCAUUUCUAUUCGGAGUUCGGGUUGGGGGGGAGCGAGGAGUUAGGGAGUAAGGAGAAACUGCAGCAGAGGGCUGCUAGAUUUCAUGAUAGUAUUAACAGGAGUUCCUGUAGGGAUGACGCCAAUGACUUUGAUUUCACAGGAUUGCACAUUGUGGGGACUUGCAAAGAUAUCGAGAAACCGUAUCUUCGUCUUACUUCUGCCCCCGCGGCGUCAGCCGUACGACCGGUAAGUGUUCUGAAAAACUCCCUGGGGCACGUGAAAGACAAGUGGCUUGCCGCCCAGGACUACAGAUACGUGUGCGAUCAGUUAAAAUCGAUUCGUCAAGACUUGACAGUACAGGGUAUUAGGGAUUCAUUUACUAUACACGUUUACGAAACACAUGCGCGUGUUGCACUAGAGAAGGGUGAUCACGAGGAGUUUAAUCAGUGUCAGACACAGUUGAGAAUGCUUUAUCAGGAUCUCGAGGGGGAAAAUCGGUGUGAGUUUGUAGCUUAUCGCAUACUCUACUACAUCUUCACCAAGAACACCCAAGAUCUCACCACAAUAAUAGCAGACUUGACCGAGACCGAUAAAGCCCACGAAUGCAUAAAGCACGCCCUGCGCGUCCGGUCUGCCUGGUGGUUGUCUAAUUAUCACAUGUUCUUCAAGCUCUACAAGCAAGCCCCCUGCAUGGCAGGCUUCCUCAUGGACUGGUUCAUAGCCAGAGAGCGAAAGCUCGCCUUGAAGAACAUGAUAAAGUCCUAUCGGCAAAAUUUGGCGGUUGAUUUCAUCGUUGCGGAAUUGGCCUUUGAAUCAUUGGACAAGUUUUAUGAAUUUGUGACUGAUUUUGGAUUAAUUUAUGCCGAUAACGAGCGCCAGCAACUCGAUUGCAAAGCGAGCACAGGCUCAAUUGGUGCUUGGUGAAAAAAAAAAAAAAAUAAUCAUCACCAAUUAUCGAAAAAUGUCCUUUUUAAUCCUUAAUCGUCCACAAAACACAAAAAAAAGUAUUAGAGAAAAUUUACUCGCGCAUGACCGCGCUGUACAUAAAUCACUUGUACAUACGUGUUUAUUAAUUGUAUACAUGUAUUCGUUAUUGCAUACAUGUGUAUUAAUCUGUACAUGACGUUCGUCGCAUUUUCAACGGUCGGAGGUAUCUCGGGGAACAAAGAAUUCAAUCGAGCUGCCUCUCGUCAUUUUCCAGGAUGACUUCUUUAUUUAAUCAUCACGUCUGAUUAGCGAAGGAUUAUUAGUAGGACAAUUUCAUUGGUGGGCCGCAGCCAGGAUAGUUCACUCGGGGGAGUUCACUUUUUGGUGGUGAAAGAGGUCUCGCACGACUGGAGAUCCGGGUGAUGAGGAGGGAAUUGGCACAGAUUCAAGAGCAUUUCGAGGGACGAUGGACUCGGGGAUUCUGAAGACAUCUGCAGGAGCACAUUUGUACUUGAAGAGGAGCAUAGAGUGUCACUUUAGGAUGUUUUUAAUGAUUUUUACGUUUUCAAUGGAGAUUCGUGGGGUGAAUGAACUGUUUGAGAUGGGAAAUUAAUUUUUCUUGGUUCUCUAGAGGUGAGAGAACACUUCAAAGUUUAUCCAGGGAAUUACGGGAUUUAUUGGAGACGACGAAUUUUUGGAUCACAUCUGUACCUGCGAUCGAAGCCCUUAUUGUGCAUAAAUAAAAUGAUUUCCUCGUUCGUUAUUCUUUAAUUUAUAAAUUUCUUUUAUAGAAUUUGAGUUUUGAAUUUUUGACUGGAUCGUUCACUAGAAUUAUAUUUAUUACAGUGUCCAACGAUACAGUAUGAAUUUAACCAUUGGUUAUUUGAUAAAUUAUGAGAUUAAUAAAAUAAUAAAAUUAUAACAAUGA